GUAAUUCUCAUUGGCUUAAAGCUCCUCCCUGCCUGUGUAUGCGCGGUGUGAGCCUCACCAAAUUGCGAGAUUCUCUCUCUCUCUGUCGGAAAGCCGAAAUCCCAAUCCUCCUCUUUCCUCUCUCUCUCUAGAGAGGGAUUUUCCGAAGGAAGAUGUGUCCGUUAAGAUUGAUUCUGAUCUUCCUCUCCGCCACACUCGCUGGAUUCUUCGUCUUGCGAAACCUAAAAUCGAAGCCCGAUGCGACAUUUUCCGACGAAUCGGACUCUCCUUUAGAAGAAUCAUCAUCACCUGCAGUACCUCGAUUGACCAAGGUUUGCUCUGCUAUGGGUUCGGGAUUCUGGACUUUCGUUGAUAUGGCAAGUGGACGGUACCUUUGGAGGAAUUUGGUAUCGUUGAAGCGUUCUGAUUGACCGACCGACCGACUGACUGACCCUGUUCUGUUCUUCUUUUUCCCCAAUUCGUCGAAAAGUCGGGGUUUCAGGUCUGCUUGCGCUACCACACCUUCCUGUUUUCUCGAACAUGGUUGUCUCAUAUCUGUCUGUUGUAUUCAUCUUAUUUCAGUGGAGAAGGUAUUGUGUAUGAAUGUGUUACAUUUCAGACAUUACAAAGUCGAAACUACACGGAAAUUGUGUUGUGUAAAUGGGUUUCUUCCCUUUGUUUUCCCCCUUUUGGGCUUAAUUCCGACCACGAACGUUGGGUUGUGGAAACAAAAAUAUGUGAAAAAAAAUCUCUUUUGUUUUGUUAA